UCAUUACUAUCAGUUUCAAUAACACAUUACAAAAUGCGAUUCCUUAUUACUUCUCUACUCUUUUGUUUAGCGGUUGUCACGGCGGUUCCCGCCGGUCAAUCAAGGAUUGCUGGUGGAUCAACCACGACGAUCAACCAGUACCCAUAUGUGGCUUCUAUGAUAUAUUCUAGAAAUGGUGGCUCAUACUCCCAGGCUUGCGUUGGCUCCAUUAUUAAUAAUAGAUCCAUUCUCUCAGCAGCUUCUUGUUAUGCUAACGAACCCAUCAACCGCUGGAGAAUCAGAGUAGGAUCCACGAACGCAAACAGCGGUGGCUCCGUUCAUAAAGUACACUCCAUUAUUAUCAACUCGGGUUAUAACGCUCUAAGACGGGAAAAUGACAUUGCCAUCGUCCGCUCUUCUACAAACUUCAGAUACUCCAACUCUGUCAGAGCUAUUUCGCUUGCCAACACGGGAUACUAUAUUCCUGACAAUGCCAUCGUUUGGGCCCUUGGCUGGGGACGCACUGGGCCGAAUGCUGCAGCAUCGAAGCAAUUACGUCAGGUGCAAAUCUGGACGAUCAACUACAACACCUGCAGAAACAACUACGCCUCCGCCAACUUCGUAGUCACUAACAACAUGAUUUGCAGUGGUUGGUUGAAUGUUGGCAAUCGCGGACAGUGCGACGGUGAUGAGGGCGGUCCUCUUGUGUACAACAACGUGCUGGUCGGAGUGUACUCGUGGGCUCGGGAGUGUGCUAGCAGCCACUUCCCCAGUAUCAACACGAAAGUGUCCAACUACAUUCCAUGGAUCACAUCUAAUGCUUAAGUUUGAAAUAAAGACAAUUAAAAUAUGAUCAUUAAAAUUUUCAAUAAGGGUAUGAUAAUUUAACUUUGUAACUGCAUUCUUACAAAUAAAUAAAAUUUGAAUUGAAAA